AGUGUUGUCACAUCAGGAGCUCCUCCACAGAUUAAAUGCUUUUCUGUGAUGAUGACCGCGUAAAGUGAGGAGACAAAGCUUACAUAGCAGUCUCUCAUCGGGAGCCACAACCACCGCCCACAUUAGUUUUCUUAUAUUCCUUCAGUAUUGCAAUGCACGGGCUCGCCUGCCUCCCCGCCGCCCCGCUCCUCUUACUCCUGUCCUGCUGCUGUCCUGCCCGGGGAUAUUUUGCGGAGGAGCGCUGGAGCCCCGAGUCUCCGCUCCUCGCUCCCCGGGUCUUGGUCGCCCUCAUAUGCAGAAACUCCGAGCACUCUUUGCCGUAUUUCCUCGGUACUAUUGAGCGCCUCAACUAUCCCAAGGACCGAAUGGCGCUGUGGGUAGCGACUGAUCAUAACCAGGACAACACUACAGCCAUUCUGCGUGACUGGCUUGUGAAGGUCCAGAACCUUUACCAUUAUGUAGAGUGGAGGCCAAAAGAGGAACCCAGACGUUAUGGGGAUGAAGAUGGUCCGAAGCACUGGACAGACCUUCGUUAUGAGCAUGUUAUGAAGCUUCGGCAAGUAGCACUGGAGUCUGCUCGUGAGAUGUGGGCAGACUACUUUAUGUUGGUGGACUGUGAUAACCUCCUCACCAAUCCCAAUAUGCUCUGGAAGCUCAUGAAAGAGAACAAGACCAUCAUUGCCCCAAUGCUUGAAUCCCGUGCAGCCUAUUCAAACUUCUGGUGUGGAAUGACCUCCCAGGGUUACUAUAAGCGCACCCCUGCCUACAUACCCAUGAGGAAGCAGGUGCGGAAGGGCUGUUUUGCAGUUCCCAUGGUCCACUCCACCUUCCUGAUAGACCUCAGGAAAGAGGCAUCCAGGCAGCUGGCCUUUCACCCGCCGCACCCAGAAUACAGCUGGGCCUUUGAUGAUAUCAUUGUGUUUGCCUUCUCUGCUCGGAUGGCAGAUGUUCAAAUGUUUGUGUGUAAUAAAGAGAGCUAUGGUUACUUCCCUGUGCCACUGCGAUCCCAUAAUACUUUGCAAGACGAAGCUGAGAGCUUCUUGCACUCCCUGCUGGAGGUUAACGUGCGAAAUCCCCCAGUGAUGCCUUCCAAAUACAUACCUGUGCCUAGAAAACAACCUGACAAACUAGGCUUUGAUGAGGUGUUCAUGAUAAACCUGCAGAGGCGGACUGACCGCCGAGAACGUAUGCUCAGGGCAUUAUACGAGCAGGAGAUAACAUGUAAGGUCAUUGCAGCUGUUGAUGGAAAAGCGAUGAAUGUCAGUGAAGUUCAGGCUAUGGGCAUCCACAUGCUCCCUGGAUACAGUGACCCCUAUCAUGGUCGCCCACUGACAAAGGGAGAGCUGGGAUGCUUCCUGUCCCAUUACAACAUCUGGAAAGAGAUUGUGGAGCGACGCCUGCACACCUCCCUGGUGAUUGAAGACGACCUGCGCUUUGAGGUCUUCUUCAAACGUCGCUUGAAGAACUUGAUGAGUGAGCUGGAGAAGGAGAGACUGGACUGGGAUCUCAUUUAUAUUGGUCGCAAGAGAAUGCAAGUGGAUCAUCCAGAGAAAGCAGUGCCUAAAAUACACAACUUAGUGGAAGCAGACUAUUCAUAUUGGACACUAGGCUAUAUGAUAUCAUUACAAGGUGCACAGAAGCUUUUGAAAGCCGAACCAUUAAAGAGGAUUUUGCCAGUGGAUGAGUUUCUACCUAUCAUGUACAAUAAACACCCUGUGUCUGAUUAUAUGGAACAGUUUGAAACCAGGGACCUGAAGGCGUUUUCAGCCGAGCCUCUUCUAGUGUAUCCAACACACUACACGGGCGACAAAGGCUACAUCAGCGACACUGAGACCUCCACAGUGUGGGACAAUGACAAGAUCCGUACAGACUGGGACAGAGCGCGCUCAGGAAAAACUGGGGAGCAGGCUGAGAUCAGCACUGAGGCCCAGAACUCAGAUGUGCUCCAGUCUCCAUUGGACAGUACAGCACGGGACGAGCUAUGAGAGCAACUGAGUGAGGGCCUUGGAAAAUAUUUGAGCUGCAUAGCCUAGGACAGCCCCCCUUUAGUUAAUUAAUCAUGUUUGUUCACGUUUGAUACUUUUGAUUUUACAUCAUAGAUGUGACAUCAAAGUAGAAAGAUUUUAUUUAUCCAGAUGUGACAAGUUAAAAAGGGAUCAGUUGUGUCUUGUGUUGUCAGUUUGUAGUUUUUCUUUAUAAACUAGACUUGCCAUAAGCAAUGGCAUUUGCAGUACCCAACCUCUGUCUGUCAUACAGAAAUGAACCUGUAAAUUAGCAAAGAAUGUAAUUGGAUUGUUACAUUUUAGACAUUUGGGCAGUUAACUUUGUCUUAAUUUGACAUUACACUUUGGAAUGCUUUUUUUUAAUAAAUAUAUCAAGACUAUAGAUUAAUUUGGCUAUAACCGCACUGUAUGUCACUGAGCAAAAUCAAGACUCGCAGACAUUCAUGUCUUUAUUCAAAAAGUAAUCCAAUGGUCUCUGUUGUGAAAAGGAGAAACAUUUGCAUGUCUUUUGCUUUGAUUUUUAGUAUUUUCUCUUUUUAAACUUCACAUUGCUCUUUUGAAUAAUCAUUAGCUGACACUUCAGAUGCUUUCAGCAGAGCUUUACCAAAGCAACAAAACAUGCAAACAACAGUUGCAGUCAACUCAGAAUCACAGAUUUACAGUACUAGUGUAGAGUAUAUACCAGUGCAAUUUGCUAUUUCUGUGUCCCUUGAUGACACUUUUGGGUUGUCAACCAGCUGUUGACGUGGUUAUAAAUGGAACAAACCACUGUACAUGCCUUAAAGUUGAUGGUUUGAGAGAAAUAUGGUUAUAAGUUCAUUCAAAAAACAAUAAUACAAAAACACCUAAUAAUUCUCAGUUAAAUCUGAAUUUUAGCAUUCUGGGUGAGCAAGCCUUGAUUAAAAAAGCCCAGUGCAAAUGUAAAUCAUUAUCUUAGUUUUUACAGAUUAUUUAUUCUUUUCAUGGUUUUGCCUCACAUGGCUACACUAAAUAUCCCAGGAGGUUUUUGUAGGGUAUAAAUGGGAGCCAUUCACCAAUGGAUCUUUGUUCAAAUGUUAGGGGUGUGCCAACAAGAAAUAAAAUGUUUAUUUUUAAAAAA